AUGGUCCCACCAAGCCCGUGGUCCCACCGACCUCUCGAGCCCAAGCAGGAGGUUCUCCGCCGCCGAGAGCACCUGGCAGCGGCAAGCAGGCAGGAGCGCGGGGCUCUUCCUCCUCCUCCUCCUCCUCCUCCUCCUCCGGCCGAAGGGCGGCGAGGCGUGCGGCCCAUCUCCGAGACCCGCGAGCCCCACCGGCGCGCCGAGCCCAGCAUGGAGACGCCGAGCCGCCUGGCGUGGCUCUCGCUGUGGUUCCUGCGGGCCGCCGCGGGGCUGCCGGGCUCCCCCUGCGAGCCGGUGCGCAUCCCCAUGUGCCGCCACAUGCCCUGGAACAUGACCCGCAUGCCCAACCACCUGCACCACAGCACCCAGGAGAACGCGGUGCUGGCCAUCGAGCAGUACCAGGAGCUGGUGGACAUCGGCUGCAGCCCGGUGCUCAGCUUCUUCCUGUGCGCCAUGUACGCCCCCAUCUGCACCGUGGAGUUCCUCCACGACCCCAUCAAGCCCUGCAAGGCGCUGUGCCAGCGGGCCCGCGACGGCUGCGAGCCCCUCAUGAAGCGGUACAACCACAGCUGGCCCGAGGGCCUCUCCUGCCACGACCUGCCCGUCUACGACCGCGGCGUCUGCAUCUCCCCCGAGGCCAUCGUCACCGACCUGCCCGAAGAAGAUGUGAAGUGGAUCGAUUUGUCCGACGACGUGAUGGUCCACGAACGACCGCUGCUUUCCGAAUGCAACAAGCCCCUGGCCCACGAUCGCUGCAAGUGUAAGAAAGUCAAGCCCACGCUGGCGACGUACCUGAACAAAAACUACACUUACGUUAUUCACGCUAAAGUAAAGAGCUUGGAGAGAGGAAGCUGCAGUGAAAUAACCACCAUGGUGGACGUGAAAGACGUAUUGAAAUCAUCAACUCCGGUUCCCCGUUCUCUGGUUCCUCUGUAUACUAAUUCUUCCUGCCAAUGCCCACCUCUUCUACCGAACCAAGACGUCCUCAUUAUGUGUUAUGAGUGGCGCUCAAGGUUGAUGCUUCUUGAUGGGUGCUCAGUUGAAAAAUGGAAGGAUCCCUUAAGCAAACGUUUUAAGAGAUGGGAACAGCGACUCCAAGAACAAAAGCUGCGAGCAGCCCCUAAUAAAAACCAGAAUGCUCGAAACUCCGGUCGCAGUGGGGUACUAAAGCAAAACUCAAAGAAUGCCAACCCAGUGCUGGCUGGUGCCAAGAAGAUCAAUAAACUCAGAAGUGACCAGAAAGAAGUCAAUUCCAAAAAAAUCUGAGUUACAGAUUUUCCCAUGAGAUAGGUCACAAGCUGGCCAGAGUGGCGUAUGUGUAUCCCUGAACUCAUCAACAUAAACAUUUACUGCCAUAUUCCAAAUAGCCAUUAUCUGCAGUAAUUUACUUUUAAUGGAUUGCUUCCCCCCCCCUCACUUUAAGCCACAGAUAUAGUUUUGCACUAAUGUGAGGUGGGCCGAUGAAAAGCGAUUGUUUAUGCAUAUAUUUUAGCAUAGCCGGUCAUAGUUUACCAAUAAGCAUCAGGAUGGGCUAUUGGGUGAUUUAAAUGCAUGU